AUGUUCCAGGCCAGUGAGUCCCUUCCGGCACACCACACGCGGGCUCAGCGUGAGUUCCUCCUCCCCAGUAAGCCUUGGGAAUUGCCUGGCUUCACCCGGCAAGCCUACCACCAGCUGGCCCUGAAGCUGCCACCCCGCACAGACAUGAAGUCCAGGGUGCACCAACAACUAAUCCACCCUUGGAAGGGAGCAACGGAGCACACCUGGGGAUUUCACACAUGGCUUGAUGUGGGGCGCUUGCCAGCCACCUUUCCCACCAGGCCCGACAGGCCCUAUGACAGCAAUGUCUGGCGCUGGCUGACGAACUCCAGGGCCCACUGCCGACCCCCAGCAGAACCUCUCAUCCCCCCUCCCUCCUGGAUGGGUCAAAACAGCCUUCUGACCUUCAUCAGCUAUACUCCUAUCUUCUUGGAUGCGAAUAGGAAGAACCAGGCGAUUUUCAGUAUAGUGAAGGAACUAAGAGAAGUGGAGAAACUCAAGCUGAGGAGUGAAGCAAGGGCACCUCCUCUAGACACCAGUGGCAACAUCCUGCCCCCAAAGAACUUCAAGAAGUAA